CGUCUCCAGGCAACUGAUUCUCAGCAGAGGACUCCGAAAUCGAACGAUUCUGCUCGACUCACUCGAGUGACUCGCACUCGAAGCAUCUUCUUGCUCGCAAGGCUCUCAUUGUCGACAUACAAGCGUCACUUCGCGGCAAAGUACGAUGGAUGUUUGCUCGCGCUUCGACAUCACCUGAUCCAUCACCGCGAUAGAACAUACCCCGCGACUUGCGCCCACAGCGUCAAGACUCGCAUCGCGCACGCCUACAAAAGCCGAGGUCUACACGCAUUCACUUUCAUUCGUAGAGAGGCUCAACAAACUCUUCAGGGAGUCAUCGCAAAGCUCUGUCUACCUGCUAUCAUGGAGCAGACAGAUUACUCUCGAUGGCGCUUGGAGGUGGAUCACGGUAGACACGUAUGGCACUACCUGCGCACCGACGAAGAGUGCACAAGAUGGCCACAAUCUGACGAGGACAAGUAUUGGCUUGGUUUGGACAUUGGUGCCCCCAAACUACCUCGAGCGACCAAUCCCAUCGACGCUGCACGCAAUGGCUUCAAGUUCUAUCGACGCAUACAGUCCAACGAUGGUCACUGGGCGGGCGAGUACGGGGGACCACUGUUCUUGCUGCCUGGCCUCGUCAUCGGCAUGUACGUCACGUCGACCCCCGUUCCUGCCGAGUGGGCCAUCGAGAUCAAACGGUACUUGGUCAAUCGCGCCAACAAGGACGGUGGCUGGGGUCUCCACAUUGCAGGAGAGUCUACGGCCUUUGGAACGGCCACCAACUAUACCGUCUGCCGCCUUCUCGGCAUGGAGGCCGAUCAUCCUGCAAUGAUUCGUGCCCGCGGAGUGCUUCACAAAUUAGGCGGUGCUAGAGGAGUUCCAGCAUGGGGAAAGCUGUGGCUGGCCGUCCUGAAUGUGUACGACUGGGAGGGCAUGCAUCCCAUCCCUCCAGAACUCUGGUGCUUGCCGGACUGGAUACCUUUUCAUCCUUGGCGCUGGUGGAUUCACACCCGAAUGGUGUAUUUGCCGAUGGGCUAUCUUUGGGCGAAGCGCUUCAAGUGUCCACUCGAUCCUCUGAUCGAAUCUCUGAGGCAAGAGCUGUACACCGAACCGUACGAGAGCAUUCACUGGCCUUCCCAACGCAACCACGUAGCAGAGGUGGACAUUUGGGCCCCGCACACAAAGACGAUGGAAGGUCUGAUGGCAGUGCUGGGCGUCUACGAGUCUUGUGGCUCCAUACCUCCACUCCGUAGAGCAGGUGUCAAGAGGGCGUACCAGCUGCUAGCGAUGGAAGACGAGAACACAAGCUACCAGACCGUCGGACCAGUCAGCAAAAUGCUCAACUAUAUUUGCAGGUGGAUCGAAGAAGGACCUGACAGUGACGUCAUGGCCAAACAUCGAGAGAAACUCAAAGAUUUCAUGUGGAUGGGUAGAGAUGGCAUGAUGAUGACUGGAACGAACGGUUCUCAGCUUUGGGACACAGCUUUCAUUGCUCAAGCCAUGGUGGACUCCGGACUAGUCGACGAUGAUGACACCAAGAACUCAUGCUAUCGAAUUCUCGAUUGGCUUGACGAGCAUCAGAUUCGUGACAAUCCGAAGCACUAUAAUGCGGCUUACCGGUACAGUUCAAAGGGCGCUUGGCCAUUCAGCACGAAAGAGCAGAGCUAUACGGUUAGCGAUUGUACUGGAGAAGGUAUGAAAGCUACAAUCAUGCUUCAGAAUGACGCAAAGCUGCCACAGCGCAUCGCGAUCGAGCGCCUACACGACUCUGUGGACUUGCUGCUGACGAUGCAGAACAGGAGUGGCGGUUUUGCUAGCUACGAAACGAUCAAUGGGCCAGCCGUGCUCGAGUGGCUGAAUCCCGCUGAAGUUUUUGGGGACAUCAUGAUCGAGUACGAUUACCCAGAAUGCACAACAAGCGUUGUCACGGGGCUGCUCAAAUUCCAGCAGAUCAGCAAUUACCGCAAGAAAGAUAUAGACCGCUGUGUCAAAUCCGCUUUUGGCUACAUUAUGAAAGCGCAAAGGCCCGAUGGCUCCUGGUUUGGAUCUUGGGCUGUGUGCUUCACCUAUGCCAUGAUGUUCGCGCUGGAGAGCUUGCACUUGGCAGGACAAAGCUGCGAGAACAGUGAGCCUGUGAGGAGAGCUUGUCAAUUCUUGCUUGGAAAGCAGCGCGAGGAUGGCGGGUGGGGUGAAGACUUCAAGUCUUGCGUGGAAGGAAGAUAUGUGCAGGCUGCCACCUCUCGGGUGGUGCAGACUUCGUGGGCUGUCAUCGCCCUCUUGCAUGCGGGUUGCGAGGACAAGGGAGCAAUAAGGCGAGGUGUCUCACUGAUCAUGGGGCGGCAGCUCGACGACGGAUCUUGGGCAGACGAGGAGACUGUCGGUGUCUUCAAUCGCAAUUGCAGCAUCUCAUAUCCAAACUACGUUCACAGCUUCACCAUCUGGGCUCUUGGGAAAGCUAAUCGCCAUCUCGGCACUUGGUAAGCCACGCGACGGCCACUGCACAGCAUCACGCACCAGACGUGCCGUUCGUCUGGACCUCUGUGCAUUCCUUGCAGAGCUCAAGCACAGGAGUUGUAAAAUAAAAUGGGCAAUUACUCUGCAAUGAUGCGCAAAUUGCCUACUCGCGAAGGCCUGGAAAGCCGUGUCCGUAU